CGUGAUGCCCGGGUACGACUGUGCCGCCCCGAGGGAGACACUCUGGGAGAUCGCCCGGGCCCAGGUGGAGAAGCGAGGGGCAGGCGAAGGCGACAGCCUGGACGGCGGGGAGAAGUCCGUGUUCUUCCUCGGCAGUAAGAGUGGGGGAAAGACGACCAUCAUCCUCAGAUGCCUUGACAGGGAUGAGCCCCCGAAACCCACCCUGGCCUUGGAAUACACGUAUGGGAGGAGAGCCAAGGGCCACAGCAUCCCCAAGGAUCUGGCUCAUUUCUGGGAGCUCGGGGGCGGCACGUCCUUGAUGGACCUCAUUAGCGUCGCCAUCACCAGCGAGUCUGUGCGAACCUUCUCUGUUGUGCUGGUUCUGGAUCUUUCAAAGCCCAAUGACCUUUGGCCCACCAUGGAGAGCCUGCUGCAGGCCACACGGAGCCACAUAGACAGAGUGAAACUCAAGCUAGGGAAGACAGACUGCAGGGCUGCAGCCGACAUGCGACCGAAGGUGUGGGACUACAUGCAGAAGGACCAUCCCGACCUCGAGCUGAUCGACCCCUUCCCGAUCCCUCUGGUCAUCAUCGGGAGCAAGUAUGAUAUUUUCCAGGACAUGGACUCGGAGAAGAGGAAGGUGAUCUGUAAGACGCUGCGCUUCUUGGCACACUACCACGGUGCUUCCCUGAUGUUCACCAGCAAAUCCGAGGGCCUGUUGCUGAAAACCCGCAGUGUCAUCAACCAGCUGGCCUUCGGUAUUGACAAGAGCAGAUCCAUGUGCGUGGACCAGAACAAACCCCUGUUCAUCGUGGCCGGGCUGGACUCGCUGAGUCAGAUUGGCCCACCCCCGAUUCCCGCCGCCGACCUCGGGAAGCUCCGCGCCCAGACACCCUUGGAGCUGUGGAAGAAGGCCUAUGAGAGCGUCUUUCCGCCCACGAGCAACAGCACACUGAGGGAUGUCAAGGACCCAGCCCGGGACCCGCAGUACGCUGAGGCGGAUGUGGACGAGAUGCGGGCCCAGAAGGACCAGGAGCUGGAGCAGUACAAGAACAGCUCCUCCAAGUCCUGGAAGAGCCUCAACCUGGACCCGUGAGCGAGGCCCGCCUCACCCAGCGCGAUAGGCCCCACAUGAAGGUCCGAAGGCAGCGUGGAGCUCGAGGGAGUCUGUGGAUCACACAGCCACA